GGAAUGAAAGACGCGCACGCUAUAAACAUGCGUUUCACGCGCUAUAAGACCCCGUUCCAACUGCAUCUCAGGACCUGUUCAACCGUCUCAACUGAUUCAGCGGCGGGUUUUUGAGUGUGCUUCUGUUGGGUGCGGACCCACUGGAGUGCAACGACGGACAAUGUCCGCCGAAAAUGACGCUCACGACCCGGCCCAGGCAGGAGAGGAGGACCAGCCAGCUCGGGUUUCACAGCUUCUGCGCUGCCCAAAGACCAUUGUGGCCAUCGUAGUGCUCAUCAGCUUGCUUAUCUCUACCGCAAUCGCUAUCAAACCAUCAUCGCCUAAGGUGGCUUAUGUGAAAGCUCACCCGGCCUGCAAGUCCACCGAGUGUAGUGCCUUGAGCACGGCCAUCACAUCCACUGUCAACUCUAACAUUUCGCCUUGUCAGAACUUUUAUCGCUUUGUUUGCGACGGUUGGAUCAAGUCGCACCAGACUCGUGAAGGGGAACUGCGGAGACUCAUCUUCCAGGAGUUCAACGACGAAGUUGCUAAUCUGCAGAAGAAGUCUCUUAUCUCCAUUCAGGUUCCCGUAAGGGGACAAGACUCAUUUCAAAAGCUCGCCUACGUGUACCAGUCCUGCGUCCGUGUCGAGAAAGCAGACCAGGACGGCAUCCGCGUCUUCAGGGAAUUCAUGGGCUUCAUCGGUUUGGAGUGGCCGCAAGUAUCAAGGACCCGAUCCUUCAACGUCCUUGAUGCCGCAGUGCGACUGUCCUUCCAAUGGGACGUACCUACCCUGCUCUACGUCACCGUCAAGCCUAGUCCUUACGACCGUACCCGUCUCCUCGUCGCCAUAGACCGUGGAACGAGCACCGUCGGCAGCGGCAAAAAGAGUCCUGCCCUGCGAAAGUACAUCUCUUCCGUUGCCGACGUCUUGAACGAGAACGCUCACGUGGAGAAAAUCGAAGCCGGUGUCACCCUCGCCGAGAAGUACCUCAAGGAUCAGAUAAGUGCCGUGCGAAAGAGCGUGCGCAAGCGGAGUAUCGACUUCAAGCGAGUCGUUUCCUUCCGCGAACUCGAGGCCUUGACCUUCGUUGACGAUUCGACUUACUGGCUCGAUGCCGUCAACUCGCACAUGCCAGCUGGACACAAGAUGACACCCAGCGACCCUAUCCUCCUUGAGCACCCUGAACAUGUCAUCGCUGUGUCCCGCCUCAUUCGCAAGCCCGAGAUGCUCCAGAGCUUGCUCUACUACUUAGGCUGGCUGCUAGUGCAGGCACUGGGACCUAAGGCUGCCAUGGCUAUUCGGAAGGCCAAGUUUGCCUACGAAAAGGCUUCAAGUAAAACCGGCGGAGAGAUGGGGGAGCUGAACCUCUGGCGGGUGUGCAUGAAAGAGUCUGAAGACUUGAUGCCCACGGUUUAUAGUGCUCUGUACGUUCACGGUCAUGCAUCUGAGAAGCCAAAGUUCGACGUCAAAGCUAUUGUAGACCAUGUCCUGUGGGUGACGACAGAGACCGUUCGACGAGUGCGAUGGAUUGAUGACCGCACCAAGGCAAAGGCACUGACGAAGGUGAAAAAGAUGCGUGGAUUGAUCGCUUUCCCACAGUGGAUGCGCAAUACAAGCGUCGUCAAAGGACUUGAUUCGGAAAUUCCGGACCUCAGCGAACAUUACCUGGCUAGCUGGCUCAGAGUGAAGGAAAUCAAAGGAACUCGAGUACGCAGAACGAUCAAAGACGUUCACUCCGACGAUCAAACGUACCACUACAAAAUAUCCGACACUUGCAUCCGUUACUUCACCGACGAGAACCGUUUAAUUGUGCAUCCGGCGGUGCUGACCGUACCGCUUUAUGCUUACGGAGCACCAGUGGCUAUCAACUACGGUUCGCUCGGGACUUUGAUAGCACGUGAGGUUUUAUCGGCGUUUGACCUCAAAGGCUGUGACUACGACGAAAUGGGCAAUGAAGACCACUGGUGUUCUUCAGAGUACCGCGAAGAAUACAGACAUUCUCUCAGCUGCUACUCGGACCAGUUCGACGAAGCCAGCGCUAGAGUUCCUGGACUGUCAGCGGCUAACGACACCUGGACGAGAGCUCAAUUGGUGGCCGACACGGAGGGUCUGCGGCAGAGUUAUCGGGCUUACAGGUUGCUCGUGAAAAAUCUUGGAGGCGAUCGCUAUGACGAGGCUCUCUCCGGUGUGAGUUAUACGCCGGAGCAGCUGUUCUUCAUCAACAGAGGGAUGUUGUUCUGCGCCAACAUGAACAUGCGUCUCUUGCGUGAGAGGAACAGGGAAGACAUGCUCGCGGCGCAUGAGUACCGCUGCAACAUUCCUUUGACGAAUAUGCGCGAGUUCACUAAAGCGUUUCGUUGCAAGCCUUUAGACUUGAUGUAUGCCAAGAAUAAGUGCGCCAUCUGGUAAUGGCUUUUAAACUUUA